AUGGGACACAUCAAUAUGUGUAUCGGUUUGGUCCAGCAGUUGGCCAAACGUGGCCAUCGGUUGGCAGUGAUGGCCACACGCGAACAUAUAGAAGCGUUCAAUAUUAAUAAAUACAUCAACGACGACAAUAAUGUUGAAUUGGUGCGGUUACCCGAACCGGGCCUACUGUUAGGUCCUAGUAGUCUAGGAACCAGUGAUUUUUGGUCCGAGACUAACCUGCUUAACGAUAGUACCCCAUUGUACAAACAAUGUACUAUUAUUGGUCAUGCAAUGAAAUGUAUAUUCAAUGCAAUUGACCAGGAUAAUCUACUAAUAGAAAAAUUGAUUGGCUCAGUUGAUCCGGAUCUGAUUGUUACCGACUAUGCCUACACCUAUCCGGCUAUUGAACAGUCAGGUCGACCGAUAGUCAAGAUAUGGGUACCGGCCAGACUAAGCGGUUUAAACCAUAAUAGACUACCACCUCAUGGAUCGGGUUUGCCAAUCAAUAGCGAUAUAGCAAUGUUUGACGAGUUUAGGCAACAUUUUCACAAUUCAAUCAAACAAAUAUGGGAAUCAUAUAAUCAAUAUAUGUUGACUAAUAACUGCCGUCCAUUGCCCAGUGAUAUGUUUUUCAAUAUAGAUAACUGUUUGAAUAUAUAUGCCCAUCCCAGGGAAUUGAAUCAAUUAUAUGAAAACAUUGAACGACUACCUAAAAAUGUUAUACGAGUUGAUCAUAUGUUACGUCAGUGUCGUGUAGGGGAACAACAGUUUGAAAUACCCGAUAAAUUGAUAGACAAAUCGGGAAAAUUAGUCUAUUUUUCAAUGGGUACUCUGUGUUCAAUGAAUCCCAAACUGUUUGUCCGUAUUAUCGAUAUAUUAGGUAAAUCUAGGAACCGGUUUAUAGUAGCCGUGUGUCCAGAACUUAGUGACUAUAAUCUGCCCGAUAAUGUCUGGGGACAACCAGGUCUACCGCAAUUGGCAAUACUGCCUCUGGUUGAUUUGGUUAUUACACAUUGCGGUAAUAAUACCAUAUGUGAGACCAUGUAUUUUGGUAAACCUAUGAUAUGUUUGCCAGUAUAUAGCGAUCAAUACGAUCACUCACAGAGAGUACAUGAAUCGGGUUUCGGUAUUAGACUAGACGUUCACAAAUGUACGGAACGCCAGUUAUUGGGAUCUAUUGACAGUCUAUUGGCUGAUAAAUCUAUUAGUUAA